AUGUCUGCAGAGGAAUUCUUCCAUGUUUCCGAAUUCGCCCACGGCGAUGGGUACCGCUGUUCGGAGAGUCCGACGGAAGCGCCGUCCACGGAGUCUUCUGACAGCGAAGACGCCGGGGACUUUGUUGUGACCUGGGACAGGAGACGUGGAACCUUGGAGGGAGAGUCCAGACGAGGCGGCCGAGUUCCCUCCAAGAGGCUGAGGUGUCUCUCCGUCUUUGAAAAGGACGAGAAAAAGCGGAAGCGAAACGCCGCGGGUUUGUGUGUGGAUCCCGAGAGAGAGGCGUACCACCUGGACCUGAGAGGAGGCGGCGAUCGUCCCAGGGGAGGAUCCAUUGACUCCGACGACAUGGAAGACUACAGCGGUCUGUCUUCCCGCAGACAUUCGAGCAAAAUCCUCGAGGUGCGGCCUACCACGUGCAAGUGCUGCGAUCUGGCCCUUAUCGACGAGACGGCCGCGUGUGUCGCGUGGAAAUGCGGGUGUGAACCCGCAGCGAAUUUGACUCACGGAGAUGAGUGCCCCGUUUGCAGUUCUCUAGAUCUCUCGGACGUUCCCCUUCUUGCCUAA